GUUUCAGGCGAAAAGGGCUCCAAAUCCCUAACUAACUCCUAGAGCCCCUUCUUGCACCUCCAGGGAGAAGUUCAGCUUUCAAUGUAUCCGAAGAUAGCAUCCUCUCUCCGUACUUAUUCGCCACCAUUGCGAGGAUCACAAAACACCACGUUUGCUUCCAGAUCCCGGGUGGAGGCUCACGGGCUUUUCAACCAUCUUUUGGCGAGGCCUGGCUUCCUUCCACUCGAUGGCGGCUCCUUCGGUUUUGCGCUUUUCCUUUUAGAAGCUACUAAAGGGUGUUGGGAGACUGAUGACUGUUAUGAAGGCCAAAAGGCCUGUUGACUGGGGCUGCUUUUAACCCUUUCAUGCUUGCAGAGAAUGCCACCGCGUGACAGUAACUGAACGUUGGUCACCAGUCUUUCCAAAAGGUCAAGGUUCACAAGGACAGCCGAUCAGAUUCAUGACCAUGGGGGAUAUGAAGACCCCAGACUUCGACGACCUCCUGGCAGCCUUCGACAUCCCGGAUAUGGUCGACCCUAAAGCAGCCAUCGAGUCUGGGCACGAUGAGCACGAGGGCCACAUCAAGCAGCAGGCCCACGCGGACGAUGACUCCCACACGCCCCCCUCCUCCUCGGACGUCGGCGUCAGUGUGAUUGUGAAGAAUGUGCGUAACAUGGACGCCGCCGAGGGCGUUGUCGAGAAGGAGGGCCACGCCGCCGCCGGCAACGGCCUGCACAACGGCUUCCUCUCUGCCGCCUCCCUGGACGGUUACGGCAAAGACGGAGCGCAGUCCUUGAAAGGAGACGCACCUACCUCAGAGGGGACCCUCAAGGACUCGGCCUUCAGCCAGUUCAGCCCCAUCUCCAGCGCGGAGGAGUUCGACGACGACGAGAAGAUCGAGGUGGACGACCCCCCGGAGAAGGAGGACAUGCGUGCCAGCUUCAGGGCCAACGUGCUGACGGGGCCCGACGCCCGCCAGGACUACGGCAAGCCGAAGGCCCUGGGAGGCGAGGCCGGGCCCAGAAUGGGCGGCCCGGCAGCCUCGGGCAACCCAGACAAGGGCAAAGUCGUCAAGCGGGAGUCGGAAGCCAACUCCCUACACCUGAGCGUGUACGAGCCUUUCAAAGUCAGGAAGGUGGAGGACAAACUGAAGGAGAGCCCCGCCGAGAAGGCGCUGGAGAACAGGGUCCCGGACGGAAAGCUGAGCUCCGAGAAAGGUGAUGGCAGCGGAGGCCUUGGGGGGGUGGCCCCGGCGAAGUCCAAGUCGUCCUCCAAGCUCUCCUCGUGCAUAGCGGCCAUCGCGGCCCUCAGUGCUAAGAAGGCUGCCUCAGACUGUUGUAAGGAGCUGGGGGCCCGCUCGCGGGAGUCCUCUCCAUUACCCAAAGAGGCCAGUGACGGCCCCGUCGCCCUGGAGAAGUCUCCCGAGUCCCAGAGCCUCAUCGACAGCAUGAGGAAGGCGCCCGGGAAGCCGCCGGACAGCCCCCGCAGUGUCUCCAGCGAAAACAGCAGCAAGGGCUCGCCCUCCUCGCCGGCGGGGUCCACACCGGCCAUCCCCAAAGUCCGCAUCAAGACCAUCAAGACGUCAUCCGGGGAGAUCAAGAGGACUGUGACCCGCGUGCUGCCGGACGCGGACCUCGAUGUCAGCGUGGGGAGAAAGCCCUCCUCCGAGCAGACGGCCUCGGUGCUGGCGUCUGUGACGUCCCUCCUGUCGUCCCCCACGCCGGCCGCCGUCCUCUCGUCCCCUCCCCGGGCGCCCCUGCAGUCAGCGGUGGUCACCAACGCCAUCUCCCCCGUCGAGCUGACCCCCAAGCAGGUCACCAUUAAGCCAGUGGCCACGGCCUUCCUCCCCGUGUCCGCCGUGAAGACGGCAGGCUCGCAGGUCAUCAACCUGAAGCUGGCCAACAACACCACGGUGAAAGCCACGGUCAUCUCGGCCGCGUCCGUGCAGAGCGCCAGCAGCGCCAUCAUCAAAGCGGCCAAUGCCAUCCAGCAGCAGACCGUCGUGGUGCCCGCGUCCAGCCUGGCCAACGCCAAACUCGUGCCAAAGACGGUGCACCUCGCCAACCUUAACCUCCUGCCUCAGGGUGCCCAGGCCACCUCCGAACUCCGCCAGGUGCUCACGAAACCGCAGCAGCAAAUCAAGCAGGCAAUAAUCAACGCGGCCGCCUCGCAGCCGCCCAAGAAGGUGUCGCGGGUGCAGGUGGUGUCCUCCUUGCAGAGCUCCGUGGUGGAGGCCUUCAACAAGGUGCUGAGCAGCGUCAAUCCAGUCCCAGUUUACAUCCCGAACCUCAGCCCCCCCGCCAAUGCUGGCAUCACGCUGCCCACGCGCGGCUACAAGUGCUUGGAGUGCGGCGACUCCUUCGCCCUGGAGAAGAGCCUCACGCAUCACUACGACCGGCGGAGCGUGCGCAUCGAAGUGACCUGCAACCACUGCACCAAGAACCUGGUGUUCUACAACAAGUGCAGCCUCCUGUCGCACGCGCGCGGCCACAAGGAGAAGGGCGUGGUCAUGCAGUGCUCCCACCUGAUCCUCAAGCCGGUCCCGGCCGAUCAGAUGAUCGCGUCUCCCGCAACCAAUGCGUCGGCGCCACCGCCCACCACGCAGAGCUCCGUGGGCGCAGGCGUCCACACAGUCACCAAAAUCCAGUCCGGCAUCAUGGGCACCGUGAUAUCAGCGCCUCCCAGCUCGCCCAUCGUCCCCGCCAUGCCGCUGGACGAAGACCUGUCCAAGCUCUGCAGGCACAGUCUGAAAUGCUUGGAGUGCAACGAGGUGUUCCAAGACGAGAUGUCGCUCGCCACGCACUUCCAGCAGGCGGCAGACGCGAGCGGACAAAAGACCUGCACCAUCUGCCAGAUGCUGCUCCCCAACCAGUGCAGCUUCUCGUCCCACCAGAGGAUCCAUCAGCACAAAUCUCCCUACACCUGCCCCGAGUGCGGGGCCAUCUGCAGGUCUGUGCACUUCCAGAGCCACGUCACCAAGAACUGUCUGCACUACACGCGGAGAGUCGGCUUCCGGUGCGUGCACUGCAACGUUGUGUACUCAGACGUGGCUGCCCUGAAGUCUCACAUCCAAGGUUCUCACUGUGAAGUCUUCUACAAGUGUCCCAUUUGCCCCAUGGCGUUCAAGUCUGCCCCAAGUACACACUCGCACGCCUACACACAGCACCCCGGCAUCAAGAUAGGAGAACCCAAAGUGAUCUAUAAAUGUUCCAUGUGCGACACCGUGUUUACCCUGCAAGCCCUCCUGUAUCGCCACUUUGACCAACACAUUGAAAACCAGAAGGUGUCUGUGUUCAAGUGCCCAGACUGCUCGCUCUUGUACGCACAGAAGCAGCUCAUGAUGGACCACAUCAAGUCUAUGCACGGGACCUUGAAAAGCAUCGAAGGGCCUCCGAACUUGGGGAUAAACUUGCCCCUCAGCAUUAAACCCACAACUCAGAACUCAGCGAAUCAAAGCAAGGACGAUACCAGAUCCAUGAACGGGAAAGAGAAGCUGGAAAAGAAGUCCCCCUCCCCUGUGAAGAGAUCCGUGGAGCCCAAGAAAGUGGCCAGUCCUGGGUGGACGUGUUGGGAGUGUGACCGGCUGUUCACGCAGCGGGACGUGUACAUCUCCCACGUGCGGAAGGAGCACGGGAAGCAAAUGAAGAAGCACCCCUGCCGGCAGUGUGACAAGUCCUUUAGCUCCUCCCACAGCUUGUGCCGCCACAACCGGAUCAAGCACAAGGGCAUCAGGAAAGUGUACACCUGCUCGCACUGCCCGGACUCCCGACGCACCUUCACGAAGCGGCUGAUGCUGGAGAAGCACAUCCAGCUGAUGCACGGUAUCAAGGACCCCGACCUGCAGGAGAUGGCGGAUGGCACCCAUGGGGAGGACGCCGAAGUCAAGGAGGACGCCAAGGCCCCCAGCCCGAAGCGGAAGUUGGAAGAACCGGUGUUGGAGUUCAGACCUCCCCGAGGGGCCAUCACGCAGCCGCUGAAGAAGCUGAAGAUCAACGUCUUCAAGGUGCACAAGUGCGCGGUGUGCGGCUUCACCACGGAGAACCUGCUGCAGUUCCACGAACACAUCCCACAGCACAAGUCCGACGGCUCGUCCUACCAGUGCCGCGAGUGCGGCCUGUGCUACACAUCCCACGUCUCCCUGUCCCGCCACCUCUUCAUCGUGCACAAGCUGAAGGAGCCGCAGCCCGUGUCCAAGCAGAACGGUGCCGGUGAGGACGGCACGCAGGCCAAGCCCGGCGCCGAGGACGACACGGCCGAUGGCACCCUGUCCGACCGGAAGUGCAAAGUGUGCGCCAAGACUUUUGAAACGGAAGCUUCCUUAAACACUCACAUGCGGACACACGGCAUGGCCUUCAUCAAAUCCAAAAGAAUGAGCUCCGCCGAGAAGUAGCUGCCGCGGCCCACUAGGGAAAACCCGGCCGAGCUGGGAGACAAAAGACAUUUCUGGUACAGACAGACGGUGGGCUAUGCGAUAGUUCCCAGGAUGGUCUAGGUUGAUCUCCGGCCCACCCCGCGUCACCCGGGGGUCUCUACCCUCUACGAUAAGUAUUCAAACAGUAUUUGAGUUUAAAAGAGUUUGUAUAUAUUUAAAUGAAUAACUUUUUAUACUCUUUGUUACAUGUUUGUAUCAGUAUUUAGUGGAAAAACGUUUUUGAGUCUAUUUGGGGGGGAGGGCAGGGGAGGGACCUAGGGAUGGGUUAGGAUUUUUCCGUUUUGUAUCGUUUUGUUUUACACAGCGUUCUUAGUCCAAGGGGCAAUUCCUGACUCCGAAUAAACCCUUUUAUAACUUAAGAAUUUAAAUGGGUUAACUAAUGGCUGGCGAAGAUAGCGCCUUUUUUAGUGUUUUUAAUUCUUAGAACUCCCUACAUAAAUUGUAGGUGACCGUGGGUCUCAAAAACACCUAGGAACUUUCAAGUGUCUUAGCACUAGCCUCAGGGUGCCUGCUCUGCCAGAGCUCAGACACACCUGGCCCACAGGUGUGCACACCUGAGAUGCAGCCCCACACAAGUGCAUCAAGUGGCUAUUUCGGGCCACACCACACGGUGUUCAAAGCAGCCUUGCAAAUCGCUUCUUCCCAGUGGGGACAGCUGAGCCCAGGAUGGAAUGGGGGGUCUCCUUAAUGCCAUCUGCAGGGACAGGGAGAGAGCAGCCGAAUCAAGAGUGAGACUUAGGGGGCUGGGAGUCAUCUGGACCCCUUUGCAAGGCUGGUUUGAAGAUCACAAGGGAUACAGUAGGAAAGGGCUGGGCUUCCUCUAAAAGUUACAAGUCCGUAGUUAGGUCGCUCGAUUUAUAUAGUCAGAUUUUUGUCUUGUAACUUAUUAACUCUUACCGAGACACGACUAUAAGAAUAUCAAGUAUUUCUCUGGCUCUUGACAGAAAACUAGGUACAUCAGCUAAGCACUGUCGACUUAACCCAUGGCUGUCCACAGAGUUGGCGUAUCCUGUCCAGGUGCUACUGCCAAAAUGUCCCGGCACCCCAAGCCGGGAUUUCUCCACCAACUUAGCAAUGCAGCCUCUACCACGGCCAUUAUCUUCCGCACGAGCCGCCAGCCCGGCUCUCCCCCGGUCAUUCCCAUGGCCGAUCUCACCUGGGCCAGCUCUGCCUCCUUGAAAUGUGGCACCUGUUCCCCUGCCUUUAUAGUUCUCGGGGAGAGAGUUAGGUUUUUUGGUUUCUUUUGGGGGGGUCUAUGUUUCUUCUGGAUUUAUUUUCGCCGUUUUAUAUCUCGUCUGUAUCCCUGAACAUAUUUUGUACUUCUCCGGUCUUGUUUUUUUUAAAAAGAGGUGUUUUGUGUAUAUAUCGGGCCUUGCAUGACGUACUGUAGUUGGGUUCUCAGAAGGACUUGCUGCUGUCAGGUGUGGUGUUGUGUGCUACAUCCAUCUCGCGACUGGAUGGAAUACAUUUCGUAUGUAAAUAAACACGCCACAACACGACACCGCCCCCUCACCCUGCCCCCCUGCCCAGCUUCUGUGAGCGCGUGGGGGUGGCGGGCGUUUAUGAAGUGAUCCCUCCCUGACAGGACCGCGUCUGCACGGCAGUGUGCGGACCUUCCUGCUCAUCAGAACGGGCAUUUGUUUGUUUGUUUUUCCUGUGUGCGGUCGGCUUAUUUUUUUAAUAUUUUUUUCAGUCUUUCUCCCCUUUGGUCACCUUUCCUCGUUGUAUUCGAUUCCAUCGGUGUUACCCAAGGGCAUGACCAAGCAUUCCUCAACUUGAAAUCCAAUGACUGUUACGUGUUAUAUUUAUAUUUGUACGGCUCCAAGUUGUACUCCUGGCACUUUCGGAUGUUCCUGACCUUGAACCUUGCAAUAAACCUGUGCGGUGAGCCACCUGCGCAGGUCCCACCCGCCCCGCCCUCGUGGGAACGAGCGGUGGAGGGAGCGGAGCUCUCAGCCCUCCUCGCCUGGGCAGUGGCCGCUGAGGAUCCAGAACCAGAUCUUCUUACUUUUCAAACCUAGCGCUCGCUCUGUGUGUAUGUACAUAUCAACAGAUACACAUUUAUUCCACAAAUAAAAAACGUAUGAGCAAAACCGGA